ACAUUUCCACGUCACCACCACCACCACCACCACCAUGGAAGGUGGCCCGUGAGGCUGUUUCCGGCCACCUCUCUCAGUGCUAAGUGUUGAUCAAGGUGGGAGAGGAAAUGGGUCAGAGGCUAAGUUGCAGGCAACAGCAUGAUGACAGUGCUUUGUUCCCUGCAAUUGCAAGUGGAGAAUUGGAGGUUGUUGAGGCCAUGGUCGAGGAAGACCACACUGUUUUGGAACACACCACUGGUCAUGACAGGCUCUCAACACUUCAUGUAGCUGCUGCGAAUGGUCGGAUCCAGGUUCUUUCCAUGUUAUUGGAUAGGUCUUUCAAUGUUGACAUAUUGAAUCGCCAUAAACAGACCCCGUUGAUGUUGGCAGUGAUGCAUGGAAAGACUGGUUGUGUUGAAAAUCUUAUUAAUGCUGGAGCAAAUAUAUUGAUGUUUGAUUCUAUACGUAGAAGAACUUGUUUGCAUUAUGCUGCUUAUUAUGGCCACAUAGAUUGCCUUAAGGCCAUUUUGUCUGCUGCACAUUCCACACCUGUUGCAGAUUCUUGGGGAUUUGCAAGAUUUGUCAACAUAAGAGAUGGAAAUGGGGCCACCCCACUACAUCUUGCAGCCCGACACAAACGGUCCGAAUGCCUUCAUGCCCUGUUAGACAAUGGUGCUCUUGUUUGUGCUUCAACUGGUGGAUAUGGUUACCCUGGAAGCACACCACUUCAUAUGGCUGCCCGUGGUGGUUCUUUGGACUGUGUCCGGAUGUUGCUUGCUUGGGGAGCUGAUAGGCUUCAAUUAGAUUCUUCUGGGAAAAUACCAUUCACCGUUGCCCUGAAGCACAAGCAUAAGGGAUGUGCUGCUCUGCUGGAUCCUUCAUCAGCAGCACCACUUGUUUGGCCAUCCCCAUUAAAGUUCAUUAGUGAGCUCAAUCAGGAAGCCAAAGCCUUACUAGAAAAGGCCUUGCUAGAAGCUAACAGGGAGAGGGAGAAGAUUCUACUAAAGGAGGCUGACAUGCCUCCAUCCCCACUGCCUUCUGAGAGUGAAAAUGAUAAUGUUGCCUCUGAGGCCAGCAAUAUGGAGUUGUGUUCCAUAUGCUUUGACCAAGUGUGCACGAUUGAGGUCAGACCCUGCAGCCAUCAAAUGUGUGCUCAUUGCACCCUAGCUUUAUGCUGUCACAAGAAACCUGAUCCUGCAAGGGCUUGCCCUUCUGGACCAGUUUGUCCAUUUUGCCGUGGUACCAUUCUUCAAUUACUUGUUGCUAAGAAUACCCAGGGAAGUGAUACAGAAGUGGAAUCUAGCCCUAUGAAGCCAAGGCGAUCACGAAAAUCAAAUAUCAGUGAAGGGAGCAGCAGUUUCAAGGGCUUGUCGGCCAUGGGCUCGUUUGGAAGGAUUGCUGGCCGCAAUUCAGGGAAGAUUACAGCUGAAAAGCAAUGGGGGGUUUCUUGAAAAUUGAUAGUUGGUGGUUAUUUUUCUUGCUAGCCAGCAGGAAACUGAUAUAAAUAGUGGUUUUAGUUUCUGCAGAAUAGCUGCCUAUAUUGGUAUGUUGUUUGGAUUCAUUUUCUCACGAUUGUCCAAAGAUCACUAAGAUCAUGAGAGAUAACCGUUUGUCAUCGGUUUAAGUUUUCUACUUUUGUAAUCUGAUUCUGGACUUGGAGCAUCAGAACAGUUGUGUUUUUUUUCCUCAAAUAUCAAGUAUAAUAUGCAUGAGUUAAAGGUAAUUUCCUUGCUUCUUUAACUGUGGGAAAUAUAAAUGGGUUCACACACAUGUUUUCAUUCAUCACUAUUGUGACAAGGUUUUACCUUGUUGGUGUUCAAUUUCUUGAGCUGGACUUCUUGCUUUCACAUCAUUUGAGCAGUGAACAUCUGAUGGGAAAGUGUAAAUUAGCUACUGUUGUUCUCAAACAUAUUCAAUCUAAAUGCUCAACCAAGGAUGCUAUCAAUUUGUGCUAAUAGAAUCCUUGAUGUUUCCAAGACAAUGUUUCUGUAUUUUUAAUCUGGUUUCUUAGGUACUGCAGAAACCUCAAUAUGGUGGAAGCUUUUGCUGGCAUCAGUCAAGCUCCGUCUGUAAUACUACCGAAUCACCAUAUAUUACAAUAUUUUUUAAUGAGAUACAUUCGCAUGACCUGUGAUGUGUUUGCCCCUUGAAACAGAAAGGAAACAAGAUUUGACAUACUUAUCAUCAUUGUUGAUCAGCACCUAUAUAGAAACAAGCAAACAGACCACUAGCAUUGUAUGUAAUAACUCACACGAGAGUGGUAUGCAACUGUAGCAAAUUUUGUAAGAUUUCCGUAGUUCAAAUUUAUCAUCUGCGGAUCUAUUUAUAUAUAUUUUGUAAGGCUUUAUUAUUAAUUUUCUUAUUACUUUCAUAAAGAACUGCAGAAAGGAGUAUAAAAUAUAACAUCCUAAUGCCUUGAAAUUUAAUUAUCAAUCAGGAGAAUCUCCUGAAACAGAUAAAAAAAACACUCCAUGACCUCUGAAUGGAAGAAAAGUGAAUAAACAAGUGAUAAUAACUUAUUUAGUUAUCCACUCAAACGAGGAAAAACUAUUGGUGCUACAUAUCCAUCACUCUGGUCCAUUUGAUGGCUCCCAACUAAUAGUGAGUUUGAGUCUCGAAUAGGGGAAAAACCAUUAGAUCCAUAAGUGGUUGGACACUGAUUCCUUCUGUAUGUGCUUGCAAUUCUUCUCUCAGCUUCAAGGUAGUGAGCAAGAGAGGGAGCAUCAUUCCCACUCACUGCAUCAGUACUUAACCUUGAACAAAGUGAAAACAGCCAAGGCUUCAGCUUGUGAAUCUUUUUGUUGUCCCUUGAGGAUUCCACCAUUCUUCCCCUGGUUGAUCUCCUUGAGAGUUCUAGGAAGCUAGAAAUACCAAUGAGGUUGCCAAGUGUAAUGUUUUUGUCAUGGAAGAAUGAUCCAGUGGACUAUAACAAGCCAUAUCAAGUGAGUUAGGUAAAUGGCUCAUGAAUACUGACUUCUAUACAAUUAGUAUAUAUGCCAAAUUUCAAUUGACAUUCAUUAACAUGAUUGCUUAAAAAUAUUUCACUAAAUAAUAGUUAGUAUGAAAAGGGUGGCUCAGUGUAUGAGACUCCCAUUUAGUAGGGUCUGAGAGGGAAGAUAGAAGUAGACAGUUAUACGCCCUAAAGCAAAGAACUAUUUCUAACAUUUGAGGUCACAAGCCAAUAACCUUAUUGUUAUGCUUAUGCUCUUCCUUAAUAAUUAAUAAAGAACCAUUUAUGAAAAAUGUUAAUUAUUCUGUAUUUUAUCUGUUAUACAAUAUGAUUGCUCCUUUCUCUCACUGUUCAAAGGGUAGUUUAACAGAAGGCAUAACUUUCAACAAAGCGUGAUUUGAAUUGAUCCCAAAAUGACAAACAUUAUAUCAACAAGAUGGAAAAUAAAGUGAAAUCAACGUCACAUUCUGUCAAGUCAUGAUGUGGUAGGCCAUGCUAUGGACCCCAUUGGAGCCAACCAAUAAAUUACACAAAAAAGAAGCGAAGGAUCCAAAAGAGAGCGACAGGGGAAGAGAUCGAAGCUUUAUGGGCAUGUUCAUUACAUGUAGCUUCCUUUUCCUUCCUAUUCAUUUUUGGUUUGGACUCAUUCAAAAUUUGAAAAAAGCUUCAUCUUCGUCAGAGAAAUGAACUCAAAGUACGGAGUCAAAACUCAAAAGCCAUCGUUCUAACUUCUAACCAGUAUGAAAGAGUAAAUUAUACCAAAUUUAAGACAAGCU